AUGGAGCUGAAGUUGGAAGUUAUUUUGUCAUCAAGUAUCAAACGGAAGAAACCAUGGCCGCGAUUCUGCUGGCUCGGGCAGGAGAAGGAGUCUGUGUUUCUGUUAGAUGAUAAACGGAUCAGUGAGAUCAACAUGGUGUCUGGUCGCACCAAGAAGAAGACACCUAAACUUCAUCAUUUGCUGAACAAUGUGGUGAUAAUGGCUUCAUCCCAUAAUGGGAUGUGGCUGUGUGGACUUUUGGUGUCAGGAGAACUAUUUCUGUGGAACAGGGAUAAAGAUUUAUUAAAAACUUCUGCAGCAGUCCCUGAAGUAGCUCAGAUAGUAUCCUCAACUAAAGAGAACUCUACAAAGUUGUCUCUUCAGGUUUCAUGUGAUGGGAUGCGUGUGCUCCUGGUAGCUAUAACUGGCCAAGUGCUCCUGUGGGAGUGUACAGAUGUGAGAGACCUCACAGGUCUACGAGAUGGCCCUGUCAAGGGACACUGGGUGCAUAUACAGCCUCUUGAAGAGACCGUAUUGCCUUCUUCACAAGAUAAAGAAGCAUCUCAGCACACCAUCUUUGUCAAGACAGAGGUUAUGGGUGACGUUUGCUUGUCAGCCUUUGUUUUCACAUCUGGGAAUCAGCUUCUAAUCACUGUUCUUAAAAUUCGGUGGAAAGAAGGCCAUGUGAGGAUGGGUUCUGCUGGUUACAACAUACAGUGGGCUACCAAGACAUGCUCCAUGUCUCAUCUCAGCCCACUAUGUCACCCGGUGAAGUCAAGAGGGGCCUUGGUACCAGCCUUCUCCCCAGAUGGUCAACUGUUAGCCAUUGUCUUGAACCAGAGAAAGCCCAUGGCUACACAGAUUCUGUUUGUGAGCACACAGAACUUUACCACAAUAUCAAGUGGCCUUGGUGGAUGUGGAAGUAAGAAAGCUGAUAUUCCAUCUAAAUAUAUAAGGUCAUACUGGGUGGGCAGUAUCUGCUGGUCACCUGGAGGCCUUUUCUUGGCUUGCGUCUUGAAAAGAGGCUCCCUUCUGAUGUUGGCUCGUCUAGGGGGACUUCUGACUUUAACAAGCUCUGGUUGCAAUGUUGACUUUGGUCCUGCACAGUUCCUACCCUUGCACCCACUGGUCACUUACAGACUGCCAGUGUCUGCAGUGAAAGGCGAAGCCUCCCUGUCCAGCUCGAGCAUGUCUGUGCGUGACAUCCUGAGGCAGCGGUAUUCUGUGACGUGGCACCCACGACUGUUGUAUCUGAUUGUGUCUGAUGGCUACAUGGCCACAGUUAUGAGAGUCCUCGACACGCCUUCUCCUGCUGUGUUCCUAAAGACUCUUCUAAAAGAUGUUAGCAAAGAUCUUGAGAAGGCCAGCUGCAAACUAGAUAAAUCACGGGUUCACGUGAAGGCUUGGUUGGAGUCUGUAUCUUGCUUGAACCUGGACAUCACCCUUGAUGAGUUCAACCCUGCUGUUACAUGUCGGCCCAAAUUCUCAGACUCAGCCAUUUCAGUGGACACAGAUGCAUCCAAGUUGCCACUUUUCCUGCAGGACCAGCAGACUUUGGGUGGCACCAAGGAGCUUCUUGAAAGCAUGCAGGCCUUCUUUGAGGAUGAGUCUGAUUUAGAAGGACUUCCUGCUGGUUCUCAUAUGGAGGAAGGAGGUCGUUUGGAGUUUGCCUCCAUGUUUGACACUCUUCAUGCCAUGGAAACUUGUAAUGACCCUGCAUUUCUUGCUGACCCAAUUUAUAAAGACUUUGUUGAAUCUGAGAAGAUUCCUCUUCAGCAGGAGUUAGGAAGGAUCCAGAGUAGGCUGUUAACAGCUUGGGCUUUUGGCAUGUCACUGGGAAAUGCUGUUGAACACAGAUUUUCUUUGAUGAAGCAUACACUCCGCUGUGUAGUUCGAUUUGCUGCUUUGCUCCAUUUGCUGCCCAGCUCCACGGUCCACACAGGAGAAAAGAAUCACUCCACUUUUGCUUGCCUCCUGCAUCUCAUCAAAUCCCUUCUUUCAUUCCUUCCCUGGGAUAGGGCUUCAUCUGCUGAGCUGUGCUGCUUGGGGUUGUUGGUGGAGUUUAGUAAAUGUAUUGUACACCUUCUGCUAACCCCUCACCCUGACUCCUACCAGACUGGGCACUGUCUCGUAUCAUCUCAAAGUCUGUCCAGAAUCAUAAACAUCUUGCAGCUGGUCACUGAUUCUCUUGACCGUGCCUAUAGCCUACAUCAAAGAAUUUACAGGUCUUCUGAGGAGGAAGUAACUCCUUCUCAGCCACAUGUCUGGCCUUCAGAUGUAUAUCAGGUACAUCUGCUACAAAAUGAGAACACAGAAAAAUCUGUUUCUACACAUCGGGCUCUACCUGUUCCUCAUCGACCCUCUAGCAGAUUGCUGGGAGUAUGGCAGCUGGUCUAUAAUAUAACUCAGCAGUAUGCAGAAGAACUGAAAAGGUUCAAAGGCUGUGAUGGCUGGGAAGAGGAAGAUCAAAUGUUGUCUGUCAUCAUGUCCCAAAUCCAAACAGCUCUGCAGGCUACAGGACAAAGUCUAGAGGAGGGCCAUUCACUGCUGAGUUAUGCAGGCGAACAUCUUUUCCUGUGUGGUUUGUACCCAAAAAGUGCAGAAGCAUGGCGUUUACAAAUCUGUGAAGAGGCCUGCAAAAGUAGUAAACGAAGCGUCUUCCAGGAGACGAGGCUUUGUCUGGCGCUCCUUUAUAGUCUGCUGUCCCAGUACCGUUUGAAGGAAGCCCAAGAGUUUGGGGACCACAUGGCACAGCUGAUUUUGCUUCGUGCUGGGAACCAGAUUGACAGUCUGACUUCCAUAACAGAUCGUCUUCCUUGCCCCUGGCUGCCAAUGAAUCUUCAUAGCGAUGCAGCCAGUGCCGUAGUUCAGACCCUUGGGAGAUUCAUGGCCUCUUAUUUCACCAACCAGCCGCUCUUCAUUCUGCCUGCUCAUAAUGUGGCUGUCCUGCCUCCGCUACUUCUACCUCACACCCCAAACGUUGGCCGUUUGGUGCCUCUGUGCCAAGAGGAUGCGGCUAAGGCAGUUCGACAGCAACAUCUGUCAGAAGUUUGGACAGUGGACUAUGCCCUGGACCUGCUCCUGCUGGGGGGGCUGCUUCCUGAGGCUGUGUGGUUGGCUUAUCAUCUCGGGGACUGGAAGACGGCUGUCACUCUGAGUCUGGCCUAUAUCAGUUACUGCACUGAACGUUGUGACUUCACUCAGGUCAGGAGGAGAGAGCUCCACCUGCCAACGGUUUUACAACCAGAAAGCAUUUUUCAGGCUGAGCUGGGGAGUCAUCUUGGCAAUAAAACUGACUCCCAAGAGUGUGCUGAUAAAGAUGAAGACAAGAGUUUAACAGAUCCUUUGGAAGGAGAAGAUUGGGACAUGUUAUGGGCUUCUGUGCAAGAGAUUCUGAAAGCUUCAGUCAUGGCAGGAGUCGAUGUUAUAUCGUUGCCUUUGUCUUCUUUGUUGGAAAAAGCCAAAAACAUGAGUUCUUCCCUGCCUGCCCUGGUGCCAACUGGACUUUACCUACCUUCUCCACCUCUUUAUUGCCCUCAGCCUUCUCCUAACACACAGGAUCAAAUAGGGACCAAGGGGCAAUUUGAGGAAAUUUCAUGUCGUCACAAAGUGUCUGGAGUCCUCCAAAGAGUACUGUUACUUCUGAGGUCUGCUCGUUGUUGCCAUCCAGCAGCUCAGUGGUACAUCAGUCGUCUGCGCCGUGCCAGACAUAUUCUCCACAAGAUCAAGAAGACGUAUUCCUAUCCAUCUGCUGAUAAGGAGGAAAAGGCUUUCCCAGAAGGACUGAUGAAGCUGAUCACCAGGGAUGGAUACUUUAGACGAGGGCCUAAUAAAGACGGUCGCCUGGACUCCGACAUCAUCCACACUAUUAUUUGUUUCAGGGAGCUGUGCGCUUUAUGCUGGAUGCUUCAUGUCAGGGAUCAGCUCUCCCUUCAUUGCAGGAGGUAUCAGGCUGCCAGACAGCGUGGAAGAGAUGAAGAGAUCUGCGAUGAUUCAGAGGUGAAUUCGGCCUGUGUUGAUGCUCUCUGCUGGGCUUGUCGUUUUCUGCCUUUCUCUCAUUUUCUCAGUGCCGAGGAAGUUCUUCAAGACAUAAUGCUUAGCCUGGUGUCUGAACUACCUCCUAUGCCUGUGGUGGCAGACACACUUGUGCAAGCCUUCCCACAGGAGGAGGAGUCUGUCAGAGUGCCUUUGAGAGAGAAAUAUAAAUUACUGCUGGAGAGAUUGAAGCAGUGCAAUGUUCUUGAUGCAGAGAAAAAAGAAACCAACAAGUCCAUGAUGACCCUGAUUCAAGACAAAAACAAACACAGGAGGAAACAUCUGGCACGUUUGCAGAGGCACUUAGCCCCUCCUGUUCUCCAUCUGUGGGAGAAAGAGGAGAACGAAGUGGACAAGGGGAGGAAAUAUGACACAGUCAUGAUGGGGCAGCUGUCACUGGGUACAAGUAUGAGCACCAGCACCCUAACCGAUGGUGGUUUUCAGCCAGUGUACAGUGACAUAGACACAUCAGAGACUACAUCUGUGGCUGUCUCUACUGAACAGCACCUUAGAGCCAGGAACAAAAGCACAAAAAAAGAAGGGAAAGUUAAUAAGAAGUUGAAAAAUGUCAUUCAAGAGAAGGUUGACAAAACUGAAGACAGGAAGACGGGUCAGCCAUCCCUACCAGUGAUUGGCACAUGGGAGUUUGAGCUUGAAGAUGAGGAGUAUCUGAAUUUCCUGGAGCUUUUCCUCUACUAUUUGCUAGAGAAGAAUAACAGUGAUGAAGGGGAUUUUGGCAGUGAGUUACCUUUGCUGAGGAGCUUCUGCUCUGAGCUGAGGGCGAGAGAGCUGCAUUCUCUUACAUUUGAUGUACUUUCUACAAUCCAUCGUCGUCAAAAAGGAGAGCAUCAUCUCAUGAGGAAACACACGAGCAAUGCUCCACCAGUGUUCAGAGCUGGUAGCUGCUUUAAACCCGUGAAACGGAGUGAAAAACCUGAGCUGCAAACUUCUUCCGUUUGGAGUGAACCUUGCAACUCCAGGGCCAGCUCUCAUCCUGGACUGACAACCGGGAAGCAGAAAGGUUUGUUUGGCCUCCGACAGCAAAACUGUGUACCUACAAGAAACAAGGAAGCUGUCCUUGGUUCUGAAACCAGCCCUGCCAAAAAGGUUUUUAGCACAGAGCAGUCCUCUGAGAGCUUCAUAUUUGGGUCUUCAGUGUCUUUUGAAGCUGUGACUGACUUACAGCAGGGCCUGGAUCCUAAAUUAGAGGCUCAGUUUCCAGAGCUGAGCAGGCUGCUGGAGUGGAUGGUGCGUUGGGCUGAUAGAAGGGUGCUGCUGGGACACCGUGGUAAAAAGAACUUUAAAGAGGGAGAAGCUGAUGAAGGAGUCGUGAUUCGUGUCAAAGCUUCAGCACCUGCCAUCCUCACUUCACUCAUUUUGUUGGAGUACAAGUACACUUCUCCACCCCAGACUGAGUGCUACAGUUCCCACAUCCAGGUUCCUGAAAUGCAAUGGACUGUUGCCCCUGUGCUGCAACCUGAGGCGAACAGGAAGCUGGAGAGGGAGAGCAGCGUGGACACAGGCUACCCUGGAUCAGCUAACACUCCCAUCACUGCUCUAGAUCAUAAUCUGCAACACGGCGAAGUUUUUUCUUGUAUGGAUGAACCAGAGGAACCGACGUUUCAGAGGAUGCCUCUUCCAUCAGACGAGCUUCAGCUGAAUUUAGAUCCUCAACAGGAACGUGUCAGUCCACAACAACAGUCUUUUAGUGACUUAGAUGUUACGCCUGAAAAAGAAGACAGAAGUGGUGACAGUAAGAAUUUGGAUGCGUUGUCUUCUGGUUCCAACGAGGACACCUCUAAAAAUGUCUGCACACCAGAUACGAGUUUAAAGCUUGAAGAUCUUGACUUCUCUGAAAGAGUAGAAGGAAUGUCAAGUUCCUCCAAAAGUCCUCCUGAACUCGCAGGAGCUCCUGCUCCUCCUGCUGCUCAGCCUAAAACUACUCUUUUAGCAGAAUUUACCGAUUCAAGUAGAGCGGAUCUCCCUAAUCCAGCUGUGAAUCCCCCAAACCACCAACCACAAAGCUCCACAGCUGGUGCACCCACUGCUGAUUCAACUUCCUUCAAUCAACCAUCAGUUACUUCACCAACAAGGCAGCGCCUGGGUGAAGACUUAUUCCGACUGGUGCAGCACAUCAACUAUAUGAGUCUGAGCGAAGUUUUGGGAGCUUCUUUUUCCAACCUUCAACAAGCCCAGCAGAGCUCGUCUGUGGCUCCACCUGGAAUGAGCUCAUCACAACCUAAAAUGCCAUCAUCUCCUGCAAAAAUCAUCCCAGAACCAAAUGUAUCGCCUGUUCAAACUAUUGUUGCCGCUGCACCUCAAACACAGGAAAGUGCGCCCAAACCAGGACGUAGUGACUCUCAGUUUAAUCUGGUCACAUCAUGUGAGUUGGCAGAUCAACCUGUCAGGCAAAACGCCACCAAAAUCCCCUCGGGAGCCAACCAGUAUCAUGCCAAACAAAAUAUAUUCUCCUGUGCCAGUGGUGCAGGUGUGAGCUAUCAGGAGAUGCAGCCACUUUCUGUCCAAGCACAGUCACCAUAUGUUCAGCAGAGGGAGAAGAAAAGCUUGAUCCCCUCUUCACAGGGCCUCCUGGCCACUACUGACACAUGUCCUGCUAUUCAAUGCCCCCCUGUGCUACUGCCUUCUAGUAGCAGUGCACAGAAUGACUCUUCUCCUCAGGUGUUAGGCCUUAAGUUACUUAAACUGCAUCCUUCUGUGAUGUUCCAACAAAGUGCUCCACACACUCUGCACACUACAAACCAUGAAACCUUUGGCUCCUAUCAGCCCAAGGACAAACACAAGGAUCAAGCCACUGGAAAGAAGAUACGUGGAGAACAAAAAAAAGUGUUUUCAGCUGCAACCAAACAUCUCAGUUUUAACCCUCUACAUAAUCCAACCCCCAGGAACCCUCAGCCCCAGAUGCAGGAGUCUGUAGGUCAAUUUCGUCCUGCUUUCCCAACCUUCCCACAAACACCAGUGCAGGGACUUCGCCUGCUGCAGUUGCAGGGUAGUUCACAAAGCAACAUCACCUUUCCUAAACUGUCAUCACCCGUUGUUUCUAGACCUGCUAUCGUUUCAGCCCCAGUGGCAGGAGCACCUAUGAUUAAGCUUCUACACAUUGAUACUGGACCUAAAAUGAUGAUGCCCCAUGUGGUUCCUCCAGCUCUUACGACCCGUCUUAUUUCCAUGGAAGAGUUAACUCAUUCAGAAAUGUGGCGUCGUGAUGCUGAGUACGCUCAGCUGCAGUUGCUCAAAGUCGAUCGAGAUACCAAAGACAUUAGAAGACCAUCUAGCCCUGCCAGCUGCACCCCCAGCAAGAGGCAGAAGAGGAGAGAAGAGAGGGCAAAGAGCAUAAAAACAGAGGUCACAUUCCGUCUAAAUGAAUCUAUCAUCCCACCACAAGAGGCAGUGGCUGCUCCUGCAACGGAAGAAGCUGUGAUUGCUGAAAGGAUCACUCCUACACAAGACGCGACAGGAUCCUCCAACUCUUUGCUGACUGGUCAGAGAUUGUUAGACAAAGUUUUCUCCACUUCAGCUGAACUCCACGCUUUUGCUUCCACAAGUAAACGACCCCCAGAGAGCCAUGAUGCUUUUACCAACACAGACUCAGCCUGUUCUCCGGUUCUUGUGGAUAAAGCCGUUUCAGUCCAAACCUCUGUGACGAUAAGCAGCUCAAAAUAUCCAUCUCAAAACACAGAGGAGACUUCAGAGAAACCAGAGAAGAUCCUGGAUCUGGGAGGCCGCCAGUUCAUUAGUGUUUUAGAUCUAGAAGACAUAAUCCAGCAUGACGAUGUGCUGCAACAUCCCAUCCCAGAAGUACAAGAUAUUCCUUCCUUGCCUACGUCUGCUCAGCUUCACGUUCUUGCGACUUCUGUUAUCAGAGCUGCUGCUGAACCACAACCCUCAGUCGCAGUUCAAGAGCAUCCCACAAAACCCACCAAUUCCACAGAUAUCCCUGAGGUGUCUCCAUCAUUCAGUCACAUGGGGUCCAGCAGAGUUUCAGAGAGAAUCAUCCUACUAGACAAUGUGAUGUUAGAUUCAUCUGAUUCUGAAAUAAUAAACACAAAGGCCCAGAGACCUGAUAAAAAGCCCUCCUCACCUCCUACAGUACAGUUCUCUCGCUUGUCAGAGCUGGAUGCCCAGUUGGCUGCUCUGCAGAACAUUGCAGAUAAUCUUGAAAUGGAGUUCUCAAACUCCAGAAUGCUGGUGAACGAAAUUGAACAGCUCUCCUCAAACAUGACACCAGAUGUGAAAACAACCACACCCGUAAAGAAAACUGUCAGAAUCUCUGUCCCAACGAAUGCAUGGACACCAAGAUCUGAUUCAGACCAUUUAACUAAACUGAAGACCAGAAACAUGACAGAAGAAAAACAAAAUGAAGAACAUGUUCAUAAUGACUCCAUCAGCCCCGGGACAAAGCCAUCUCUGUAUGAUUCUACAUCUCCUUCCAGUCAACAGGCGGGUCCUUCCUUCAUUCACACUCCACCAGGAAUGAAACACUUCAAUGAGACUUAUAGGAUAACUCAUGCGUGGGAGGAUGAGAAUCUGAGUCAAAGCGGGUUAUCUGAUACAGCAGAAAUCUUAGACGAGUUGAUGCGGGAAGGUUACUUAUCUCCCACCGACUGGAGUUUUUCCACCUCGCAGACCGCACACCAUAGCAGCAGGCAGGACCAGCAGCGAAGCAGCUGGACGUUGCAGAAACCCACGCUUCCUGAGGACGAGAGGAAGGAGCUGAGGAUCUGGAUGAGGAGGAAACAAAGAGAAAGACUGGCUGCUUAUCAGAAACACAGAGAAAAUCUUAGAGAAAGAGAGCACAAACCUUUCUCUUCCAAUCCAGCAAGGAAAUCUGAGAACCGAAAUGGAGCAACAACUGGGAGAACCAGAGAGGAAAAAGAAAAGUUAACGCUUCUGAAGCAGUACAACCAGAGGACACGCGAGGCUUGUUCUUUAGCUGCAGAUUUCCUCAACUCCCCUAAAAACAUGCAGCGGUCUUCACAGACGGAUGCUCCUCCUGUGGGCUCCAACACUCGCUUGAGUUCUGCUCCUCCUCCCAGCAACACUCGCAGGCCUCAGACUGAAUCUCUCAGUGAGAAAAGAAGACUUGGGUCUCAGUCAGAACAAGCCCAGUUUGUGGGGGGGCGACAAUCAGAGAAUCUCCGCAGGAGACUCGGACUCCAUCGACCAGUGACAUAUUUACCAGGAGAUCGUCUGUCUAAAGUAACCAGGCGUGGUAUGCUCAGCAGCACCAAGAGCCAAACUAAGCAUCCUGCAGCCAACCAGAGUGAGGGGCAGCGGGUGGGACCCCAGAGAAAGAUGGGAUUAAACAGCACGUUUUCCCGCAGAGCUGCUUCAGGAAGAGGGAACCCAUGGGAGCAAACACAAGUUGAAGAGACAGAGAAGGUGAACAGUUCACAAUCAAAUAGUCUGCCGGGUCUGGAGGAGUUUUCUCAGGUUUUAGGUGAACAGGAUGAUGCUGCUACAGGUGGACCUUCAGAGAUGGACUGGCUGGAUAAUCUCUCUGAGAGUGCGAGCAGCAGCCUCAGCAAAAUCGACUGGGCUGCCAUUGAAAGGAUGGUGGCUGAAGAAGAUGAUUGA